AAUAUAAACUUAUAUACAGCGUUGCUUUCCUUUUCUGUCAAGUUCCCGUAACACCCCGGUGAUCCAGUAAAACUUCACACGACCAUUCCCCUUCAGCACUUGCCAUCACUUUCAAAACCUACAAACCAAACUCUCUCUUCACUUGGCGGUGUCCACAUCCAUACUGAUCCCGUCACCGCAGCCGUCACUUCGCCGCCACCCUUCCAACCACUGCUCCCCCUCUUCUCCUUCGCUCACCGCCACCAAACCCUCGUCUCCCUUCCACUUCACGCAACCCUAACCCUAACCGUUCCAGGAUUUCUAGAUCCACACACUUUUUCAUCAUCAACUAUGAAGGAGCUCGGCGCCGGAAGCACCCCACCGGAGCUCCCGGCGGCGGGACAACAACUCGUCAAGCUCAUCGGCAACCUCUGCUUCUCCAUCUUCGUCAUCUCCGUCCUCGUCUUCUCUGUCAUUGCCGUCACCUACCAACCCCCUGACCCAUGGUUCCAAACCUCCAAAGCCAUCACCAAAUCCCUCUCCGCCACUCUCCCCAACUCCACCUUCGCCACCGACGACUCCCUUCUUCCCACCGGCGAAGAUCUCGUCGCCUCUCCCCCCUCACCACCCGCCUGCCGCUUCCGCACCCGCUUCGAGAAAUCAUGGCGACGAUACCGCGACUACCGCCGCUUUCACCUUUCUCCCACUGAGAAUUGCACCUUCGAGGUCAUUCGCGCCGGAAAUUUCCGCUCCGGCAUCAACGCCGCCCGCCGUCCCCGUCGCGCCGCAUCUCCACCGACCAUCCAGAUCCCUGAUCUGGACAUCAACGACACGAUCCCCACCGUCGGAUCUGAAUCAGAGUUCCGCAAGGGGAGGUACCUGUACUACACCCGUGGCGGUGACCACUGCAAGAGUAUGAAUCAUUAUCUAUGGAGCUUCCUCUGCGGCCUCGGCGAAGCCGAUUUCCUUAACCGUACCUUCGUCAUGGACCUCAACGUAUGCCUCGCCGGAAGCUAUACUUCUACAGGAGAGAACGAGGAUGGUAAGGAUUUCAGGUUUUACUUCGAUUUCGAGCAUCUGAAGGAGACAGCUUCAGUUGUGGAGGAGGUGGAUUUCCUCAGGGACUGGAGGAAAUGGGAUCGAUCCGGUGGCAAAAACCAGAAGAGCAGCUCUAGCCGGAUUAGUUUCAGAAAAGUGCCUACCUACAAGGUGACCCCAAUGCAGCUCAAAAAGGAGAAGAGCACCAUAGUUUGGAGACAAUUUGAAGGCCCUGAGCCGGAGAAUUACUGGUACAGGGUCUGCGAGGGCCGGGCGGCGAAGUACAUCCAGCGUCCAUGGCAUGCCAUUUGGAAGUCGAAGCGACUGAUGAACAUCGUCUCUGAGAUCGCCGGAAAGAUGGAUUGGGAUUAUGAUGCUCUUCAUGUAGUACGAGGAGAGAAAACCAUGAACAAGGAGCUGUGGCCUAAUCUGGAUAGCGACACUUCGCCGGAAUCUUUGGUGGAGAAGGUCACCAAGUUGGUGACCCCUUGGAGAAAUCUCUAUAUUGCUACAAAUGAGCCUUUUUACAAUUACUUUGAUAAGCUGAGAUCUCACUACAAGGUUCAUUUACUGGAAGACUAUAAGGAGCUGUGGGGGAACAACAGUGAGUGGUACAACGAGACGAUGAUUCUCAAUGGCGGGCGGCCUGUGCAGUUCGACGGUUAUAUGAGGGUGGCGGUGGAUACAGAGGUUCUCUACAGGGCGAAGGUGCGAGUGGAGACCUUCAAUAACCUAACAAGGGAUUGCAAGGAUGGAAUCAAUACAUGUUGAGUCAUGAUUGUGAAUAGAAUUUGAAGUUGAGUUGGAAUUGUGGAAGAAUUCUUCCAAAAAUCUAUGUUCUGAUUGAUUUACUCUGGCUUGCUGGUAAAGUUCAAUCUUGAUAUUAUUUUGCUUGAUUAUUUUUGUUUCAUCAGAUGUUUUGUUGAAGUGUUACCCUCACUCUUCAUGGCUUUCUGUAUUUCCAUGCAGAAGGAUUGUAAUUUAUUCUUGUUUUAGCUUUUUAUGAGUGAUUAUAUCCAUUUUUAGC